AUGCUAAAAACCACAGAAGUGCCUGAGAAUGGUCACGCAGUGUUCAGGACUUCUCUCCCAAAAAAGAAGAUGGGAUCAAUAGCCCAACUGAAGAGUAUCUACACCAAUGCACACAGCAUGGGCAGCAAACAGGAGCAGCUGGAAGCCAGAAAUGUGCAGCUAGAAAACUAUGAUCCAGUUGCCAUCACAGAAACAUGGUGGGAUGACUCACACAAGGGGAGUGCUGUAAUGGAUAGCUACCUUAUCACUCUCUACAACCACAGCUGGCCCGAGAGCUUGGCCUGCGACGACCUCCCCGUCUACGACCGCGGCGUCUGCAUCUCCCCCGAGGCCAUCGUCACCGACCUGCCGGAGGAUGUGAAGUGGACGGACUUCACGCAGGGCGUGCUGGUGCCGGAGAGACCCCUGGAGCCCGACUGCCGGAGCCGCGGCCAGGAGCGAUGCAGGUGCAAAAAGACAAAGCCUACGCUGUCGACCUACCUGGCCAAGAACUACAGCUACAUCAUUCACGCUAAAGUAAAAAGCGUAGAAAGAGGGAGCUGCAAUGAAGUAACGACUGUAGUUGAAGUCAAAGACAUACUUAAGUCUUCGACGCCAAUUCCUCUGUCUCAAGUGCCUCUUCUUACAAAUUCCUCCUGCCAGUGUCCACCUCUUCAGCCGAAGCAGGAUGUUCUCAUCAUGUGCUAUGAAUGGCGCUCGAGGCUGAUGCUUCUUGAUGGAUGUCUAGUUGAAAAAUGGAAGGAUCAGCUAAACAAAAGAUUUAAGAGGUGGGAACAGAGACUGCAAGAACAAAAGCUGCGAACAGCCCGCAGUAAGAACCAGAAUGCAGGACGCAGUGGUCGGAGUGGAGCCCCAAAGCCAUCAACCAAGAACACCAACCCGCUGGCCAGUGGCCCCAAAAAGGCCAUUAAAAUAAGAAAUGGCCAGAAAGAAAUCAACCCUAAAAAAGUAUGAGUGUGAAAUUUCCAAAAGGAAAGACUUUCCCUGCACGAUGAGGGUCACGAUCUGGCUUGAUCGGCAUGUUUUAGUAAUCCAGAACUCAUCAACUUAAAAACUCAUGGCAGUUUCUACAUAGAUGUUCUUGCUGCACUUUACUUUUAAAAGGUUUGCUUUUCCUUUUAAGCCACUGCAAGCCAUAGAGCAUAGGUUUGCAGCAAUAUGUGGUAGGCAUAUUCGAGCUGACUGAGCUUUAUCCUAGGGCUCUGGUUUACUGCUGGAGGUAGGUCUAGCCUUGGCUGCCAGAGGUUUGCACUCCUUGUGCCAGCUGCCUGCUCUGCUUCCAUGCCAGAGGUUGGACAGCUGCAUGGGGCAUCUCUUAUCUCCUCAGAAACCGCACUGGUGCAGUAGUUGGUGAAUUAGUCUGGUGAGCUGAGAGCCGGGGCAGCUGAGGAGCAGCAGAGGGAUGGUAACCUCUGGCAGACAUCUCGGGCAGCAGCUACUGCAGCUGCUGGAGCUGAAUCUAUCUGCUAUUUGGAAUCACAGCCCUUGUUCAGAGAGUUCCAAAGUGUAGUUUACUGAUAAGCAUCUGGGUAUGCAUUAUGUGAUUAUUUUUAUGUGUGUGCCAAAAAUAUGCUUACAGUGUUAGUAUUUGAUCUUGUGGGUUUGUAUAGCAAAAAUGCAUUGAAAGCAGACAUUUAAUUUUUUAAUUGUACUUCAGGCUGGCUUCUGUUGUUAUAAUUUCAAACAUAUUUAAGCAUCUAAUUGAAAGAAUCAGUAUUUUUUAAAAGGACAGAUUAAAGUGAAGCAGAUCUGUAGAAUUCUUAAAAGUAACACGUUUGCUGUAAUAUAGCUUUGUUAUGAAAACUGGAAUAGAAGCAUUAUUCUAAACAUAACUGACAGCUACUGUACAGUAUUAAGGAGAAGAUAGGUCUUCAUGUGGCUCAGUGUUCGUUUAGAUAAUUUUUUAUCAUUUGGCACCAUGUUUAUAAAUCUCUCUGAUACCAAAUAAAUAAAUAAAUAAAUAAAUAAAUAAGGCUUGUCUCUAUUCAUGAACUUCUCAAAACAACUGGCUGUUCUCAGUUUUCACGAUCAGAAAUUAACAUUUACCCUGCAAAGGGUCACAGACAAAGCAGAUGCUUUUAUUUAUAUAGUAAGUUUUACUCACUUAACAUUUGCCAUGUGAGGUAUUAAAAUAGCAAAGGUGAUUCAAAUCUAAUCAACAUCCUUCCAAGAUGGUAUUCAUUCUAUUCCUCCCAAGAUGUACUUGGAUGAGGCAGCAUGGAUAGCACAGUCUGAUUUCUGUGUAAGAAGAUCACCUAAAUUAACAUCAUAAGAGCUCAUGAUAGACAGCUGAAAAACCUUCAAGAAUUCCUGCAAUGAAAGCAAGGACUAGACUUGACAGUUCUGGUAUCUAGAAAACAAAUUAGCAUUUCUGAAAUAGAGAGUGUCUAUAUCAGAAAAAGAAAAAAAAGUUGUGGGGAGGGUAACAUAAGGAGUUAUGAUUGGUCAUGUCAGUAUAUUGAUCUUUCUCAUUACAAGAAUUCCAAUGAAAUUUGCCUGCAUGAAAUUCAAGGGAGAAUGUGCUGGAGUGAUUUGGGUAGCAGCAGUAAUAUACUUGGUAAUAUGGUAACAUGAGCGGAAGACAUAGAUGCCAAGUUAGAAUGCUUAGAAUAAAGGGACAGAGGUGUUACAGAAAAAUGGAAUAAUAGUGUAUAGGGUAGUUCAGGGGGGAAAAGCCAACUCUAUAUGAUCAUUGGUUGAGCUUCAAGCAGUUCAUUAAAACGUGCAAAGAUCAGCAUUCCCACUAAUACUGGACAGAUGCAGAACUUUAUCUUCAUGGAACAUCUGCAGAAUUAGAUCCAAAAUUCAAUCCAGGUGCCAGGAAUGCUGAGCAUAUAUAUUGCAUCUAUUAACCUGAGCGGGAAUUAUGUGUGUUUGUCAUGUCUAAAACAGACCACAAACUUAGGUGCCUAAAUACCACAGGUGAAAUCUUAAUCCUGUGCAAUAAAAUGGAAAAACUGAAAUAGAAAUCAUAGGAGACAGAAUUUCCCUGCAGAUGACUAAAUUAGAUGAGUUUGAAAAUGCUGACUUAAGUAAACAUGAUCUAAAAGAUCAGUAUGAUUGGAAAGCUUCUAAAAUAAUUUUGUUUACUAUGUAGCAUGAGUUUUUAAGCUUUGUUUACCUAUUGAUCCAAUUUGAAGUACCCCAGUGUGUACGGUUAGACAUUAAAAAUGAACGACAGUCGUAUCAACGUGAUGUUGGAAUAACAAAUACCAAAGUUGUGGUAUUUCACUUUAAGAAGUUUUAUUGUGAACAUAGUCAAGUGUGGUGUUUGUUGACUGUCUAGCUAGCUAGACUUCAUCGCAACAUUACAUCUUAUUUUAGAACUGUUAAAAUAAAAGCUUUUUCAUUUUUUGAUAUUAAAGAAAAAGAUGUAAAUGUUAUUUUCUCCGGA